AUGGCUGUCGAGGGCACCACUCCUGCGUCGCCCGUUCCGAUUCCGGAGCUCACCAAGAUCACCACCGAGGCCUGCGACGCCGCGCUCAAGGAUACCGCCGAGUACCAGCAUGAGAAGGUUAGCGAGUGGAACUCGUCUAUCAUCAACACCGUCCUGAAAGCCCUCAUUACCGCCACAGCCCCCUCCGAUACCAAGACUCCCGCCCCCUACCGCUUCACCGUGAACAGCACCAUCGUGCAACAGGGACUUAUCGAUAAGACCGCCGCGGCGGACGGUACACAGAUCAACGCCGGCAAGCGCGGGAUGCACUCGGCCUCGGGCGCCUUCUGGGAUGUCAACCGCGACGGCAUGUGGACGUUCAAGUACCCCGGUGCCGAAGAGCGGGGACUGGAUGUUGUGGUCAGCGUUACCUGGUUCGCCAUGCACUAA